UUUUUUUUUCUUAUGUCUAACAAAGUAUAAUUUUUAUAAGGCUCAAAAAAAUAUUUUUUAAUUAAUAAAAAAUUUUUUUAAUAUUGAAUAUAAAUUAACUGUUUUAAUUCGAUUUCCUUUGUAGAUUACAAUACGAUUCCAUCCCAGUAAAAAUAUGAAGAAUAUGAGUGUUAAUCACAUUGACAGCUUUGAUCAAUUGCUAAAAAAAAUUACAUAUCACGCUUCUACUUCUGUAUUAGAAAAGGAAAAAAAUAUUUUCAUAUUCAAUCAAACACAAAAAUUUUUCUUAGGAUUAGGAUCCCUAUCUGCUGCUUCGGCCUAUUUUUUGGCAGCUUAUGGAAAGCAUGUAAUAGAAGAAAAAAAUAUCUCCACUAAAUCUAAACAAGUUUAUCAAACAGCCAAACAGUUUCAUUUUAUUAGCUCUAUCGCAUUGAUGCUCGUACCAUUAUCAAAAAAACCACUUUUGACUGGAUCCUUAUUUCUAAGCGGCCUUUUGGUAUUUAGUGGAAGCUGUUAUAUAUAUGCAUUACUUGACUCUUCAAAUUAUAGCAUGUUAACACCAUUUGGCUCGAUGUUAUCUGUUGGUGGUUGGCUCACAUUUUUAUUAUAAAUUUUAUUUCAUUAAUAAUUCGAUUUAAAUUAUUUGUAUAAUAUGUAUUUUUAAUCGUCUUUUUGUUUUAAUCUAAAUUCGUUUAUUAAUAUUAUAUCAAAA